AUGUCCCUAAAAGUCGACCCUCGUUCCCAGAAGUCUAUCAUCAUCAGUAAACAGCUGAUAGGUUCUCAUGUUGGUGUAUCAUCUACUCUCACAUGGCUGACAGAAACGGUCACUCUAUCCAGACUGAAACACAAUAUGCACUCGGAGAAAAACAGCCAAAGAGAAUACAAGCUGGCAUGUUAUACCAGAGACGACACAGACAGUGAGGAGGAGGAGGAGGAGGAGGAGGAGGAGUAUUUUGGGGAAAGUUUGGUCUCUUUCCUGAUUAAGAAGUGCAGAAACUGGCAGGGAGGACGAGGUGGGAGCCAGAACACCCACAGUCAGCACGUCUCCCACUCCUCCUCCUCCUCCUCCUCCUCCUCCUCCUCUUCUUCAUUGGGCCUGGUGCCAUUGAUCCGCCUGCAAACAACACUUCUCCACGUUUGGGAGAAAGCAGAAGAGGAGCGGGAACGCAGCCUAAUCGAAGGGCCAAAUGAAAAUUGA